GACCAGGACCAGGACUCGGUCCGUGACGUCACAGGCGGGUUCAGGCAGUCUGAGCUGCGGGACACCCAGCUGGAGGAGCGGGAGGAGGUCCUUCCAUCACCCCCCCAUGCUCCCUCUCUGACAGUCUGAGCUCCAGGAGAGACUCUCUCUCUGGACUUUUACCCGCCAGGAGCAGAACCGGACCGGACCGGAGCGGAGCAGAGCCGCGGGGGGUUUCAGGACGGUGCUUUAACCGGAUAAAAGGGUUCGGAAUCUUUGUGGUAGCCGUGGUCAUCCUCCUGAAAGGAGAACGCACACAGCGUGAGGAGACCGAGCCCACGCCUCCCCCCUCCUCCCCUCUGACUGGCACACAGAAGAGUGUGAGAGCGAAGGGAACGUGGGAAAGAGGAAGAGACGAUGUACCGAACGCUGCUCCUCUCCUCCUCCCUCUUCAUCCUUCAUGCGAUGGCCACUCCUCAGUUAUUUGCUCCGAACGGGAGGAGGGUGUGCGGCCAGAGCCUCCGCCACAACGUUGUCACCACAACGGAGACGUACGUCCAGCCGGUGCACAAGCCCUACAUCACGCUGUGUCCGGGUCAUCGUCUCUGCAGCACCUACAGCUGUGUGUGAGCAGCCCUGUGGAAACGGCGGUACCUGCCUUAAACCCAAUAAGUGUGCCUGUCCUCUGGGCUGGACCGGACCUCAGUGCCGAACAGACGUGGACGAGUGCAGAGGGCGGCAGGCGUGUGCGCAGCGCUGCGUGAACACAGCUGGAAGCUACACGUGUGUGUGCAGGGACGGCUUCGGGCUCGCCGAAGACGGUCGCUCCUGUCAGGGCCUCCCCUCUCCUCCGCCACCCUCCAGCGGCCCAGCAGCAGUGGGUGGUCGCACCGAUCCGGGAGGGAGCUUCAGCCUGGUGGAGAACGUGACGGAGGAGGUCCAGAGCCUGAGGAACAGAGUGGAGCUCCUGGAGAAGAAGUUGCAGUUGGUGUUGGAGCCCUUCAGCAGCUUCUUCCCGCAGUCGGUGGAGGAGGGAUUUUCAGAGAAGACCACCUUGCUGUCCCACUCCUUCCAGCAACUAGAUCGCAUCGACUCCCUCAGCGAGCAGAUUGGCUUUCUGGAGGAACGCCUUGGCACAUGUGAGGCUGACCUUUGACCUGCCGCUUUACUCAGAGGAGGCAAAAUCCAAGACUGAGUCGUGCAAUUAAAAAUGCAUUUAAAAAUAAAUAAACAAAAGUCAAAGUCAA